AAACAUAUUAUUAUACACAAAUACUAUACCCACCCACGUAUAUGAGCCUUUAGGCAAAUGCCAAGAAACCAAUAAUGUUAAAUAUGAGCAUUGAGCAUUGAAUAAAAUACAUUUUUUGUGUUAUAAAGUUUUGAGUAACAACACUUGGUUAUAUAAUGAGUAAAAGUAAAUUUUUUACAAAUAUUAUAUAAAAUGUGUAUAAAAUGUAAGUGAUGUACCUAGCCAUAUGACAGAUUCGUCUAAAUUAAGAACAAAAAUUCAAUCCGCUACCAUUUGUAACUCUUUUUCUCUCUCUUUCUCUUACACACAAACCUAAAAAAAACUCUCCUUUCGUCGACUCAUUUACUUAAAUAUAUAAUUUUCCACUCAAUCAAAUUCUCUCUCGCACAACUAAAUAAUAGAGUGCGUUUUGAUUAUUUGCAGCGAUCAUUGGACAUGGGUCGGGUGAAAUUGGAGUUAAAGCGGAUAGAGAAGAACACGAACCGACAAAUUACGUUCUCAAAACGUAAAAAAGGUUUAAUAAAAAAAGCGUAUGAAUUGUCAACACUUUGUGAUAUCGAUCUUGCCCUCCUCAUGUUCUCUCCUUCCGAUCGACUAUGUCUCUUUUCCGGUCAAACAAGGAUCGAGGACGUUUUGGCGAGGUACAUCAAUCUUCCUGAUCAAGAAAGAGAAAACGCCAUAGUUUUUCCUGAUCAGAGCAAACGCCAAGCUAUCCAAAACAAAGAGUAUUUGUUAAGAACUCUGGAAAAACUCAAAAUUGAAGAUGACAUGGCUCUCCAAAUCAACGAACCUCGCCCUGAAGCUAUCAAUACCGAUGUCGAGGAACUUGAGCAAGAAGUUUGUAGAUUACAACAGCAGCUUCAGAUAUCAGAGGAAGAACUAAGGAAAUUCGAACCAGAUCCAAUGAGGUUUACAUCAAUGGAGGAGAUUGAAGCAUGUGAAACUCAUCUCAUCAAUACAUUGACAAGUGUCGUACAGAGAAGGGAACAUUUGUUGAGGAAGUCCUGCGAAGCACCAAGUAACCAACAAAGCAUGCAGGGGAUCCUUCUAAAUGACAUCGUCGAGGAUUGGGGGUCUGAGGCUGAGCCCAAACAAGCCCAUGUGAUGGCUAAGUCGGCCCAUCAGUCAAAUCAGCUAAGCUAUGAUUUGCUCUUACAAGGGAGUAAUUCGAGUUCGAACCAAAAUCCAAAAUGAUAUUAGGUGAAUCGUAAUACGCCGAGCAUUAAUGGAGAGAGAAUGCAUAUUGUAAGACAAAAAUAAACGAAAGAAAUGGGUCUAUUGGUAAGCUUCUCUACGGUUUCUCUUUCAAAUUAAGGUUUUCGUAUACAAUAAUGUUAAAAAAAAUAAAGAAACUUCGACCUCUUGUUCAAUAAAUUUCUGAGAAUAUAUUUAGAAACACAAUCGAUUAGUUUUUUCUUCAAUCAGUAAAUAAAAUAUACAUCAACAUUGUAAUCAGGCAAACCACAGUGAGAUUGUUGAUUUUAUUUGGAUUUGAAAAACCUCUUUGAGUAGAGUUUUGAAGCUUAUUUCUUUUACAAAGCUCAAUUUAUUUUCUGCUUACAAACUCAUUAUUAUAGCAAACAUUUCACAUGGUGCAGUUUGUAACUUCCAGAGUUCCAGAGAUAAUUCAAAUGAA